UGGGGUUCAUGUUUCUGUGUCUUCUUCUCCAUUUUCCCUUUUCAAUUAUUAAAAUUCAUUGUCUCUUGCCAAAUGAUCAUAUAUAAAUAUGCUCUUCCUCUUCCGUUUUCCCUGCAAUACCAGUGGCAGACAUGGAAACUUCACAGCCUCUUUCCAUUGAAAGCUUUUCAUAUAGUUGGUUAGUGAACUUAAAGCCUUCUUUAGAUGGUCUAGACGGCUCCCUCCGAGCUUCGAUCGAUACGUACGACGAAGCUUCGUUCAUCGAGAUGGACCCGAGGAUGCCGCCUUCGAGGAGAUUCUUUAGGAACUCUCAAGAUUUCAAGUUUGAUUUCCACAAUUCACAAACUCCCCUCACCCUUGUUCAUGCCGAUGAGCUCUUUUCGCAAGGCCGGGUCAUGCCUUUCUUCGUUAACACUUCAAAGAUUGAGGCGUACCAAGUCUCCGAUCUGACUUCGACCCUGCCUAAUACAGCUUCACGUGCGACAGACCUCGCGGUUCCGCCACGAAAAUCGAAUCAUCCCUCUUGGAGAAGGCGUCGAAGGUUGUCCAAGCGGAUGUUUUCAAAGUACUUGAAUUUUCUUCGGCCUUUGUAUCGAACCAUGUUGCGAGGAAACAUAUCGAGUGGUAGAGCCGAAGGUGUCGACCCAAGAGGUCAGGUGAGGAAGAACUGGCUAUAUCCGACCGCAACAUCCCCUCGAAUUAGCGUCGCGUACUCCGCCGACGAGUGGCGAACGUCGUGUGAUUCCGAAAGCUCGAUUUACGAGGCGGUUCUUCAUUGCAAAAAAUCAAUCGGAAACUGAAAGCAGGAUCCAUUUGAGAGAGAAAACAGGUUGUCUCAAAGAAAAUCAUGUGGCCACUUGUUUUUUGUUCUUGUGUUCUGACAUUGACAAU